AACCUGCUCCCGGAAGCGGAAGGAGGAGGCGGAGGCCUGCCAGCAGGAGGGCGGGAGGACAAGGGGGCCCAGGGUGUGGGCUGGGCCAAGCCGGGAAGCGGAGCGGUGUGGGGCGGGGCUGGGGAUGGUAACGGCUCGGGGGAGGAGGGGGAGGUGGGGGCGGGGGAGAAGGGAGGCCGCCGCCGCUCGCGCUGGUUCCGCGCCGCCACUGUGGCCAUGAUGAUCCACGGCUUCCAGAGCAGCCGCCAGGACUUCUCCUUCGGGCCCUGGAAGCUGACGGCGGCCAAGACGCACAUCAUGAAGUCGGCCGAUGUGGAGAAAUUAGCUGAUGAGCUCCAUAUGCCAUCUCUUCCUGAAAUGAUGUUUGGAGACAAUGUUUUAAGAAUCCAACAUGUUUCUGGCUUUGGAAUUGAGUUCAAUGCAACAGAUGCUUUAAAGUGUGUAAACAACUACCAAGGAGUGCUUAAGGUGGCAUGUGCUGAAGAAUGGCAAGAGAGCAGGACGGAGGGUGAGCACUCCAAAGAGAUUAUUAGACCAUAUGACUGGACCUAUACAACAGAUUACAAAGGAACAUUACUUGGCGAAGCUCUUAAGUUAAAGGUUGUGCCUACAACAGAUCAUAUAGACACAGAGAAAUUGAAAGCCAGAGAACAGAUUAAAUUUUUUGAAGAAGUUCUGUUGUUUGAAGAUGAACUUCAUGAUCAUGGAGUUUCAAGCUUAAGUGUGAAAAUUAGAGUGAUGCCUUCUAGCUUUUUCCUGUUACUGAGAUUUUUCUUAAGAAUUGAUGGCGUGCUCAUCAGGAUGAAUGACACAAGGCUCUACCAUGAGGCUGACAAGACUUACAUGUUAAGAGAAUACACUUCAAGGGAGAGCAAAAUAGCAAAUUUAAUGCAUGUUCCACCAGCCCUCUUUACAGAGCCCAAUGAAAUAUCACAAUACCUACCUGUAAAGGAGGCAGUAUGUGAGAAGCUGGAGUUUCCUGAAAGAAUGGAUCUUAACCUUGUGGCUACACAGGAAAAUACAUGCAUGGAAUCUAAAUAAAAUGUCAUACAAUAUGAACUCUCUGUGGAACCCUCACUGGAGAUGACUACUUUUGGGGGGGGAUUAAGGGAGGGCUAUCUAAUAAGACAAUGAGCUGCCUUUCCUUGUGUCGAGAUUUUCUGUAGCCUUAAAAGAAGGGAUGAAAAGCUUGAUGUAGGCAGGUUCCAUGUAGCCUGCUGUUCAUACCACCUGUCCAUAUGUAAAAUUAAUGGGAGAUAGAGUUGAACCAAGGUUUUGAGUUGUUAUAGAAUGGGAUCUUAGUAAUAGAUAUUUAUGUCCUAAAGAGUAAUCAGAGGCAGUGGGCAUGGAAUUACCACAAAUAUUAUUUUGCAUGAAGAGUUUAAUUAAGUGAACCAAAUCUAGUAGUUCUUUUAUAAUUUUCAGAAGAUUCCUGGGAAGUGAAAGAUUGUACAUUUUGAUAGCUUUUCAGUUUUAGUUUUGCAGAAAAAUACUGACAAAAGGCUCUGCUAGAAGAAGUGACUUGAAUUCACAAGUUAAUUUCAUGUUUUAUAUUCACAGAAUAAGUUUAUGUUUUCCCUUGAAAAACCAUUGUGUUAAAUGGUAUUUUUAGGCAAAAUGUUCAUGAUUAGAACCAAAAAAUUAUUUCUAGAAUUUCAAGCUAGUUCAUCUAUUGAAAGAGUAAUUAAUAAUGUUUCUCUCUAGGCUAUAGUCCCUUACUGGCAGGUGUGCUGGUGUUACAACUAGUUUUUGGCUGUCAUCUUGUAAAGGCAGGUGCCUUAUUUUUGGUUCUGUUGAUGUUUUUUGUGCUUCUACCUUAUAUGACACCUUAAUGUGAAUAAAUAUGCUGAAGUACCAGUACUGAGAAAUUUUAGAUAUCAAUCUAUCUCUUGGAUCUGGUAUUAAGGAGAAAUAUUUUACAGAUUAAGUCCUGAGCUAGAUUUUUUUUUUCAUAAGAUAUUGGGGGUUGGCAUGGGGGAUAUGAAAAUGAGGAGAAAAUAUUUUUAAAAUAAAACAUAGUUUUUAUAUUUAAAUUUUCAGAUUUCUAAUAUGACAGGGGAGAGAAGUAGGUAAAAAGGAAUAAACUUAGGACCUAUGGAAAAAAGACUGGAUAGCUUUACAAAAUUAAAAAAAAAUAUGGUCUUUUAAACAUUUUAUAAGGUUUUUUUUUUGCCUGUCUACAUAGUGCAUGUAAAGCAGAAAAUUAUUAUUAUAGCAUUGAGUAAGAGAUAUAUUAAAAUAAGUGGGUUCAAAAAACUUUCUGUUUUAGUUGAGUUGUUUGGUUCUUACCUUCCCUAUUUUAAAAUAUAAUAUGCAGCUCCUCUGUUUUUGCCCUUUGGCAGGGUUUUAGAGUUGGUAGGGUAUUAAGUUUGUGAAGAUCUUAGUUGAAAGGAUCUGCCAAAGAGUAUACUUCUUAAAAAACUGUAAUUAAACCUGGACCCUCUUAAGUUUCUCUCUUUACUUAGAUGUUUAUAAUUUCACAGAAUGGUGCUGUUGUGAACCACCCAGAAAGUGAAUUUUAUUAGCAAGUUUAAGCAAACUUUUAAGGAAAUCAUCCACCUUUUUCUGUAUCACCUCAAGGCAGACAUAUGAAAGCAAAAUUUAAUCUGCUCUGAGAGAAUGCAUUGCAUGUUUACCAGAUAGCCAUCUAUUCCUCUAUUAAAGUGUAUGCUUUCUCUUUAGGCAGGAAAGUGUAUACUGUAUGUGACUGUCUGAAUAAAUAUCUACUUUGUUUGCCAUGUUACUUUUAAUGGAAAAGAUUGCUUAAGACAAGUUGCAAAAUAUUAAACUCUAAACAACUGAAAUGGAUUGUCCAUCAAUUGGGAUGCCCAAUCUCUGCCUUCUCCUCCCCCCUUUUUUCUUUGUGGAUGUAUUGAUGUCAGGCUCAGUCCUUUAUUACCUGUUUUGAAUAUCUAAUGAAAAGAUAUUGGAGGGAAUAAAAACAAUGGAUUACAUUUUGGGGAAUGGCACUACAUGUUUCCAAAUACUUCAUGACCAAUCCACUACAAUAUUAUUAUAUAAAAUAUUUAUAAAACAACUUGUUAUCCAUUGUGAUAUGACACUUUAUUUUGUAUUAUUUGUUCCAAAUGUCCUCUUUUUUUUUGUACAUGAAGAAUAAACAAGAAAUUACUGGCCUA